GGGGGGGGGGGGGGGGCGUUAUAAGAAGACUUCUCGUGGAAAAUGUGUGCCGUCUAAAGUGUUAUUCUACUUCCCGAUCGCGCCAAGGUUGCAAAGGCUCUAUGCGACCAAAGACCUUGCACAUGAAAUGCAGUGGCAUUCACAAAAUCCUAGGGUAAGUGGAACACUCGCCCAUCCAAGUGAUAGUGAAGCAUGGAAAUAUCUUGAUAACACAUACAAGGAUUUUGCAAGUGAGCCCCGUAAUGUUAGAUUGGGUCUAUGCACAGAUGGUUUCUCAGCACAUGGAAAAUUUGGAAGGCAAUAUUCUUGUUGGCCAGUAAUUGUUACCCCAUAUAACUUGCCUCCAUGGUUAUGUAUGAAGAAGCCGUUUAUGUUUUUAUCCUUGCUCAUUCCGGGUCCUAAAAACCCAAAAGGGAACUUGGAUGUGUACAUGCAACCCUUGAUUGACGAAUUGAAAUCUUUAUGGGAAGUAGGUACAAUGACAUAUGAUGUAUCCACAAAGCAAAAUUUCAAGUUAUGAGCUGCCCUUUUAUGGACGGUUAGUGACUUUCCUGUGUUUGGGAUGUUAUCUGGUUGGACUACAUCGGGAAAGAUGGCUUGUCCAUACUGCAUGGACAAGCAUAGAUCUUUUUGGCUAGACAACGGCUCUAAAGUAUCAUGGUUUGAUAGUCACCGUCAAUUUCUCCCUCCUACAUAUCCUUAUAGAAAAAACCGCACUGCUUUUUUCAAAAAAAGAGCAGAAACUCGAUUGCCUCCUCCAAUAUUGACGGGCCAUCAACUAUGGGAGUAGGUUAAGGAGAUCCCAAAGUCCAUUGAUCCAAAAAUCCGUUCGACAAAAUCAAAAAAGGUUAAGAUAGGGUGGCAUAAGAAAAGCAUCUUUUGGGAGCUUCCUUAUUGGAAAGAUUUGUUGAUUCGACAUAAUUUAGAUGUUAUGCACAUUGAAAAGAAUUUUUUUGAUCAACUCAUCCACACAAUAAUGAAUGUGAAAGAUACCGCAGUUGAUACAGAUAAGGCUCGCCUAGAUGUUCAGCGAUAUUGUAAGCGGAGUAGCUUAGAGCCUAUUGAAUCUGAUGAUGGGAGCUUGAUCUACCCAAAAGCACCAUACACUCUUGAUAAAGCACAACGUAGAGUGUUGUGUGAAUGGAUAAAAGAUCUUAAGUUUCCAGAUGGAUAUGCUUCUGAUUUUGGUAGAUGUGUGGAUUUGCAAGCCUGUAAGAUACAUGGAAUGAAAAGCCAUGAUUGUCAUGUGUUCAUGGAAAGGUUGUUUCCCGUUGCAAUGAGAGAACUUCCGGAUAAUGUUUGGAAAGCAGUCACUGAAAUCAGCCAAUUUUUUCGCGAUGUAUGCUCUUACACUAUUAAAGUUGAUGAUGUGACUCGUUUAGAAAAAAACGUUCCAGAAAUCUUAUGCAAGUUGGAGAAAAUAUUCCCACCUGCAUUUUUCAAUUCAAUGGAGCAUUUACCUGUUCAUUUGCCACAUGAAGUAAAAGUGGGUGGUCCUGUGCAAUAUAGAUGGAUGUAUCCAUUUGAGAGAUUUCUUAAUCAUCCGAAGAAGAAAAUUGGUAAUAAGGCACGAGUUGAAGGCUCAAUUUGCAAGGCUUAUCUUGCAGAAGAGAUUUCCAACUUUUGUUCUUAUUACUUUCAACCUCAUGUUGAUACGAAAUCUAGAGAUCUAGGACGCAAUGUUGUUGAUGAUGAUGAUCUAGAUUCAACUAUACCAGAAUUAUUCCAAUUUAGCAAAGGUCGUGGAAAAGGUGUUCAAACAAGGUUUUUAGAUUCGAAAGAAGUCAAGCAUGCACGCCACUAUGUUCUUUCUAAUUGUGGUGUGUUAGGAGAAUAUGAAAGGAAGUUUGAAGAGUCGAUGAUGCAAAAAUAUCCUGGUAUUGACCUUCAUGAUAUUUGGAGCAAGUUUUCACAUGAAUUUUCCAAAUGGUUUCAGGAUUUCGUUAUCAAAUCUAAUGAGACUGAUGAAGUGAUUCGAGCACUUGCCAUGGGUCCGUCUAGACAAGUCAAAACAUGGAGGCAAUUUGACAUCAAUGGCUUUAAGUUUCACACUUUUGAUUAUGGAAAGCACAAGGCAACUAUGAAUUAUGGUGUGGGUGUAAUAAGUGAGGAGGAAAUUGAUUACUUUGGCAUUUUAGAAGAAGUCAUUGAGCUGGUCUACUUGGGGACCAUAAAUGUCUUCAAAACCGUCUUGUUUAAAUGUAAUUGGAUGGAUUCAGUGAAUGUCAUGAAUAUUCAUGAGCAGUAUAGAUUAGUUGAUGUGAACCACUCUAAGAAAUACCCUGCAUAUGAUCCUUUUGUUCUAGCACAUCAGGUUUAUCAAGUGUAUUUUACAGCUUAUCCAAGCUUAAAGAAAGAUAAGAGUCAAUGGUGGGCUGUUUUUAAGACUAAAGCUAGGUCAACUGUGGAUGUCCCAAUCAAUGAGUCAAUUUUCCAAGUAGACAUUGCUGAGACACCAACCCUUUGUUCAGAUGAUGAUGAUGGUGUUAUGUACGAGGAUCUGGAUGAAAUGGAGGAGGACGCCUCAGAUGGUGAAGAGGAAGAACAACAUGAAGAAGAUGAAUGGGAUGAUACUGAAUCGUGGAGAGUUAGGAUAUACUUAUUGCGAUGACGAGGAUGAUGAUGAUGAUGAGGAUGAAGAAGAAGAAUAAUUUCAAAGCUUGUAGUUUUCAAUAUGUUUUCUUUGUUAUGGGCUUAUUUGUUUGAUAGACAAUAUGUUUUAUCUUAUUUGUUUGAUAUAUGAUAAAUGUUUUAAAAUUUGUUGAUCAUGUUUGUGAGCUUACUUUUUUUAAA